AGCGUUCAAUGGGAGGAUGACACUUGCUAAGAGUUUUUGUUUGUAUUGAUAAAGGAGUUUCUGUAGGUACAUCACACCACAUUGUUUCAGCAGUUUUUGCAAAAUCUCAUGGCACUGUUUUCAAGGAAUAUGUGUGGAGAGAGCAACAUCAAGGGUGUGUCUAUGAUAUUUUGUUUCCUUUUCUCUUUCUUUUAUCCAUUUGUAUAUGAAUUUCUGCAAGCAAGUCAGAGACAAAAGCAGCAAUGAAGGCUGAGGCAGAACCCAACAGAGGAGUAGUCAUAUAACUGCAGACUUCUGGUGAGAGAGAAGAGAAGAAAGGGUAUCAGUAAGCCAUCAUUUGACAGAAGAAGCUUUUGCAACCUAUGGACUUUGCAGAAAUACCCAUAAAAAACUAGCAGCUCCCAAGAACAUACCCUCCUCUCUGUCUCUCAAGUCUUUCAAACUUGGGUCCUUUUUAAAGAUUUUUCUUUUAUCUCUCUCUCUCUCUCUUCUUUUUCUUUUUUUGUUCUACUUUCAAGAAUAAUGAAUUCAAGCCCCAAGGCCUGCACCUCUCCUUUCACAGCAACUCAAUGGCAAGAACUGGAACACCAAGCUCUGAUCUUCAAAUACAUGGUUUCAGGAGUACCAAUCCCUCCUGAUCUAAUCUUUUCUGUGAAAAGAAGCUUAGAUUCCUCCAUUUCUGCAAGACUCUUCCCUCACCAACCCAUUGGAUGGGGAUGUUUUGAGAUGGGUUUUGGCAGAAAAGCAGACCCAGAGCCAGGAAGGUGCAGAAGAACCGAUGGGAAAAAAUGGAGAUGCUCAAAAGAAGCUUAUCCAGACUCCAAAUACUGCGAGAGGCACAUGCAUAGAGGCAGAAACCGUUCAAGAAAGCCUGUGGAAAUCUCUUCAACGCCCUCAACUCAAACUCAGCCACCGCCGCCUUUAAUCCUCACUUCAAACAGAAGCCUCUCCUCCUCUUCCACUCCCACCACAUCUUCUUACUCUCUCUCUACACUCUCUUCUUCUUCUUCCUCACUGACCUGUGAAACUCAAUCUUAUCACCAAGCUGCUGCUGCUUAUCAUGAAUCCUCCAUUCAUCCCUUUCUCUAUCCUCAAUCUUCCUCCUCCAGACCUCCAUGUUCUGAUUUCUCUCCUAUUAACACAAACCCUCAACUCUUUUUGUACUCGGGGACUGCUCAGGCUGGCAAAGAUUACAGUAGGGACAUGGAUGGUCCAAGAGAGGGUGUGGGCGUGCAGUCGUUUUUUCCCUCAAUUGCAGAUUCUGCAAGAAGCUUAGCUGAGGUUUAUAAUCAGCCAAUGGCAAUGGAUUCUUAUAAACAAUCUGUUUCCCAAAGCCACCAAAUUUACAGUUCGAAACAAGCAAGGCACCAACAAGAGCAACACUGCUUUGUUUUGGGCACAGACUUCAACAAACCAUCGAGAUCGGCUAAAACAGAGGAGGAAGAAGAAGAAGAUGCAGAGACCCAGAAGCCACUACUCCACUUCUUUGAGGAUUGCCCCCCAAAAAAUUCAGAUUCCUGGCUUGAUUUAGCCUCAAGUUCAAGUAUACAAAGUGGAAAUUUUAUUGGGUUAUGAGUACUUUUCCUGCUCUGCUUGCUUUGAUGCUUCUUGAGCUGUAAUCUGACAAUUUUCUUCUCACUCCACCUCUCUUCUCUCUCUUUCUCUGUCUCUCUAUGCAGAUGGUUAAAGUCUCAAUUAUGGAGUUUGGGUUAUGGCCAAAAGAGUACUUGUCAGAGAGUAAAGUGCCCUCUUUUUCUUAGUUUGUGGUCAGGGAAAGCUUUUCUUUUGCUAAAGUUUUGAAUGUAAUACUGCAGGAUUCUCAAGAGAGGUUUUCUGUC